AUGUUAGAACGGGUGCUGUUGGGACUGCUCUAUGUGGUGUCCAUGGCUGCUGCCAUUUCCGUCCACGGAAUGAAGACUUUGCUUAUUUAUGACUCCAGAAUUACAGAUUUGGGUCAAUACCAGAACUUCCUGGGCAUGUUGAGAGAAAGACAGUAUCAGGUGGAAGAAGUGUCUGUCGACGGAACUGCAAGUUCAAUUUCCCUUUACGAUGGCGAUGUUAGGCUCUACGACAAUCUGAUUCUCUUCCCAAUCAAAUCUAGAACGAUCAGUAAGGAUAUUAACGUGAAGAGUUUACUUCAGUUCUUCGAAGAGGGGGGUUCGGUGCUAGCCGUUACCUCACCAAAUGGUGUCACAGAGAGUGCACGCGUGUAUCUUGAACAGAUGAAGAUUCAUGUAAGUCCCAGAGAUUAUAAGCUGGUUGACUAUUUCCAUGAUGGGCCAAUCGAUGUGCUUCCUGUGAACACCAGUACAGUGAGGAAUAAGCAUAUUUUUUCGUCUGAUUCAGUAUCAGAACUAACUUAUAGUGGUUCCUCCGCACUGUUGAGGAAUGAUGGGCUUGUUAUACCUGUUCUACCUGCGCCACGGACUUCCCUAAGCAAGAACAAGAAGGGGGAGCAGUGGACGGCCGGCUCUCAGGGAUACUUAGUUGCCUCGGUGCAGAAUCUGAACAAUGCUCGGACAUCCUGGGUGGGAAGCGACUCCUUCUUCAAUGAUGGCAACUGGCAGAAAAACGGAGCUUUCGUUGAAGAACUUAUCAAGUGGACAUUUGGAGAGAAGGCCGUCAUCAAGAGCACAGGUUUCACACACAAACAUUCCAACGGGCUAACAUUCGAUCAGUUGCCUUACAAGAUCAAAGACAACAUCUUCUACGAAAUAGGCUUCUCCGAAUGGAAUGGUUCUAAAUGGGUUCCAUUCCAUGCAGAUGACAUACAAUUCGAACUCCGGAUGCUGGAUCCUUAUUAUCGUUUAACGCUAGAGCCUAGCAGGGUCUCUGUGGAUAGCCAAUACUAUAGCACGGGCAAUUUCGCAUUACCCGACCAUCAUGGUGUUUAUACGUUCGUUACUCAAUAUAUGAAUAGCGGACUAUCAUUUGUCAUUCAGAAGGACGUCAAACCCAUUCGGCACCUGGCUAAUGAUGAGUAUCCAAGAAGUUACGAGAUCACCAACUCAUGGGUAUUCCUGUGCUCGAUUUCCGCGGUGAUUGCCCUGUUCGUAGCAUUUGUUGCCAUUUACCUCUUCACGCCAGUGGUACCAUCUGUCUCGCCUGAGAAGAAGAAGAGCUGA